AUGCCGCGUCGGCGCACCAGGGCCAGCGAGCCUGAGCCCGAGCCCGUCAAAGAGGAUGCCCGCGCCCAAGAGUCCGAGCCAGAAACCUUGCCCGAGUCGGAUCCCCAAGUCGGGAGACAGGAGGAGCCCGAGCCUGAGCCUGAGCCCGAGCCUGAGCCUGAAAAUGGGGCCGGGGAGCAACGGGCCCUCGAGUUUGAUGAAGAGUUGUCAUGGCGGCCUGCCAAGCCCAUACCUAGUGCAACCUUGCUCGAUCGUUUGGAGAGGCUAUCUAAGGAGCUGGCCGACUUCGAUCAAGGAGAAGUGCAACUUGAUUCUCUGAAGAAAGUUGCCUCAGACCUGGCGCAUCGCAACCUUUUGCAGCACAAAGACCGUGGUGUAAAGGCAUACGCGGCGUGCUGCCUGGUGGACAUUCUACGCUUGUUUGUGCCAGAUGCGCCUUUUACAGAUGAUCAACUAAAGAUGAUGUUCACAUUAUUCAUAAAAGACAUCUUACCAGCCCUCUUCGAUCCUACAAACCCUUACAACAGCCAGCAUAAAUAUGUGCUCAUGUCCUUGUCCGAUGUCAAAAGUAUACUCCUAAUCUCGGAAAUUCACGGCGCCGAUGAUCUCUUGUUGCGCCUCUUCAAUUCAACUUUCGAUGGCGUUUCUACCAGCUCUAGAGCCUCCAGCGAGGAGCAAGUGGCGAAGGACGUUGAAAUUGGACUUACGGAGAUGCUGAUGGAGGUUGUUGACGAAUCUCCUGGCAGCAUGCCUGCGACCGUCAUCGACGCCAUCAUCAGCCAGUUCCUUAGAGCUGCGCCUCCGGGAGGGGCCCGUAACAAGGAGCAAAAUGGCAAGCAAGCAACACUGCUGCUUAAAACCGAACCGGCAGCCUAUGUCAUGGCCAAAAACAUUUGCAAUGGAUGCGCCGACAAGAUGUCCCGAUAUGUCAGUCAGUACUUCAGCGACGUCAUUCUCCACGCCUCCAGAUUUGCCACCAAGAGCAAUGGCUUUCGACAAGCCGAUGAAACAGACGAAGAAGACAACCCUUCUGGCCCAUCAGAGGCAGACUUGAAGAGCCUUCGCCAGGCUCACAUGCUAAUCAGAGAGCUGUGGCGUGCUGCUCCGGACAUUCUACAGAAUGUCGUACCCCAACUCGAUGCGGAGCUAUCUGCCGACAAUGUUCAUUUACGACUGAUCGCCACCGAGGCGUUUGGCGACAUGAUCUCUGGUAUCGGGGCUGCAGGUCCGCCUCCACCUCCUGCGCUCGACCCGGCAGCGUACCCUCCUCUCCGCUUGAUCGACGAUGCCAUGGGUACUCCGCCCGUCGUCGAAACCGAGACAAUCGCUCUUACACGGCCGUAUUCGCCCCAAUCGUUUGCACAAACCCACCACGCCACGUACCGAAACUUUGUCGGUCGAAAGAACGACAAAACCGGUACUAUCCGCGCUGCGUGGGUGACUGCUGUUGGCUACAUCCUUUCUACAUCUGCAGGCGGCAUCGGCCUGAGCCGGGAGGACGAGACCGAAUUAGUCAAGGGCCUAGUCGACAAACUCAACGACAGCGAAGAAAAGGUUCGUCUGGCUGCUGUCAAGGCCAUCGAACUGUUCAACUUUCGUGACGCAAUCUUGAAGCUUGGUAUCACGGGUGGGGUUGGCAAAGAAGGAUCUGUCUUCGCCAGCCUGGCCGAUAGAUGCCGCGACCGGAAACCGGCUGUGCGUGUCGAUGCCAUGGUAUUGCUGGGAAAACUAUGGGCUGUUGGUGCCGGAGAGAUUGCCGAUGGUCAAGAAGCAGUGACGGCAUGUCUGUCUGGCGUGCCCUCUCGCAUCGUUAAUGCAUUCUACGCCAAUGAUUCGGAUCUGAACGUCCUUCUUGAUCGUGUCAUGUUCGAAUGCCUUGUGCCCCUCAAAUAUCCUCUCACCAAGGGCAAGGGCUCCAAGAACGCUGCCGCUUCGCAGGGAAAAGGGGGCCUCAGUGCUGGUGACCAGGACAGGCUACGAGCGGAAAGAAUUCUUCUCAUUUUGAAAGAUUUGGAUGCCCACGCCCAAAAGGCGUUCUUUGCUAUGCAAUCCCGACAGCCACAAUUCGCCAAGGUUGUUGCCAUGUUUAUACAGCAAUGUGAAGCUUAUAAUGGUGGAGUCAUCGACGCAAGCGAAGACAAGGUCAAGUCAAGCCUCGCCAAGACGCUUCAGUGGCUCGGCGGUUUCUUCCCAGACCCAUUGAAGGUCCGCAGCGAUCUACAAAAGUUUGCAAAACUAAACGACCGUCGAAGCUAUCAGCUGGUCAAGUACGCCAUUGAGUCUGAGAGCGACUUCAGAACUGUCAGGAGGGCAAUCAAUGAGCUCAUCACCAAAAUCCAAGCGACCUCGGCAUCCGUAUGCCUUGACACGUUGAUUCCCUUACUGUACAGGUCAAGUUGCCUAAUGUUCAACCGAAGCCAUCUUGCAACCAUCAUGGACUAUUCGAAGAGCGACAAGGAUGGGUUCGCGGCAGUUGCUCACCAAGUCUUGAACGACAUUUCUCAGCGGAACCCGGAUUUUUUCAAAGGACAUGCCGAAGAAUUGCGGCGAGACAUCAUUGAGCAAGCACCGACCGAUAAAAAAGUCAACGAUCCGGCCGUGGUGGACAUCCUCAAGGCUUACUCGUCUUAUGCGAAGAAGUAUCCUCAGAACGUCACUUGUGACCGUAGUUUCACGCAAAUCUUGACAAGCUACGCCCAGUACGCGUCCCCCCCGCGAUCCGCAAAGUAUGCCGUGAAUAUCCUGCUGGCGAAGAACGAUGAUAAGAGCAAAGCCACGGCCACGAAUCUGCUGCGAAGUGUCAUCAAGGGCUUGGACUACCAGUCGCCUCACUUUCUGACGAAGCUGGCAACAAUCUCUCAGCUGGAACGGCUCAUGCCAUCCGUAACGGCCGAUUCGGAUGAGGCUAUCCAUGACUUGACAAUCAAGGAGAUAUUGCGUCAAGUACGGACAGACGCGAGUCCCACUGACCCCUCGUGGGUCGAUGACACCGAUGUUGAUAAGGAGCUUCAGGCCAAGUCUCUGUCACUCAAGAUCCUCGUGAAUCAGGCUAUUGCUACCGAGCACGAAGCCGAUGCCGAGGAUCGCGCCAAGGCCGUGUUCAAGCUUCUAAAAACCUUUGUUGUGAUGGAGGGAGAGUUCUGCAAGACAAAAGACACCCCCUUGCAUCAUAAAAAGCGUCUUCGCCUCCUAGCAGGCCUUUUGAUGCUGAAGCUAUGCAAAGUAAAGAAGUAUGACGAGCUGUUGGAGCACUCGAGCUUCAACAAGCUCGCAGAGCUGGUCCAGGACAGUGAACUGCAGGUCCGUAAGCGUUUCAUGGAGAAGCUGCAAAACUAUCUGACAAGGGGAGAGCUCCGGCCACGGUUCUACACAAUCCUAUUUCUGGUCGCCUUUGAACCUGCCAUCGACCUGAAGAACAGGGUGGAGACAUGGCUACGAUCAAGGGCACGAUUCCACGCGGAAAGAAAGCAGCAGGUGCUUGAGGCCCUCCUAGGUCGACUGAUACCAUUGCUGGCGCAUCACCCAGACUACAGCUCCGACAUUGACGAUUUGGUUGAUUUUGCCAACUAUUUCCUCUUUUAUCUGGGCGCCAUCGCGACCGAGGAUAACAUUUCGUUGAUAUACAAGUACGCAGAACGAGUCAAGCAGACGCGUGACGGCAUCAACCCGGAAGCUAGCGAAAACUUGUACGUGCUGAGUGAUUUGGCCUCGACUGUCAUUCGCAAGUAUCAGGAACGGAGGAACUGGGCUUUCCAAGCCUGGCCAGGCAAAGUAGGCCUCCCAACGGGCUUGUAUUCUGCGCUGCCAUCUAGCGAGGCGGCACAGCAAAUUGCCAAGAAACUCUACAUACCGGACGAGAUUGACGAGCGGCUGGAUGAUGUGUUGCGGGCGUUGGACCGUAAAAAAAAGCGCAAGUCAAUGAAUGACGUUGCCGACCACCACCCUGCAAAGCGAGCAAGGACGCAGAUCAAGGCUGUGAUCAGGGAGAAGAAGACCAAGGUUACGAAGUCAUCGUCCAAGAAGAGUGCCAAACCGAAGAAAGCGGCAAAGCCUAAAAAGGAGAAAGAAGUUGUAUCCAUUGCUCCUUCCGAGCGCCGUCGCAGCAGCCGCACGCACAAAGUCUCAGACUAUAGGGAACGAGACGACGCCGAUGACGAGGAAGAAAUGCUUGACGGGGUAGCAGAGUGGGACUACGGCGAUUACGAGUCGGACGAAGGAGAGAGCGGAAGCGGCGACGAUGGCUCGGGGCAGUCAGCGGACGCGGUGUCCGUCGACGAGGAUGCGGAGAAGGUGGGCUACAGCAGGGAAGAAGAGGACGAUGCCAGUGCCGACGAGGCCGCACGCGGAACCAAGCGGAAUGGCAGUUCGAGGGUACCAGCGACGGCCAAGGCCAAAGGUGUCCAAGCGAAAAUUGUAGCCAAAUCUGAUCGACCAACCAGAGCAUCCAGGACUCGCGCAGCACGAGCCUCCAGCGAUGGGCCGGAGAUGGAUGUCGAUGAUUGA